UUGAACGCGCUCAGUUUGUCUCUGACCCUUCUCCUCCUGUGUGCGCCGUCCUAUCCGCUGUGCGCUCCGGACACUAAACUCCCUCCCCUCCCUCGCCUCUCCUCCUCACCGCGCAGAGCUCGACGCGCACAGGCACAACAGAUGGUACAGUACUACAGGCUGCAGGCGCGCAAGAAUUUCAUGUAGAAGUACUUUUAUUUCUCCAAACUUCACAGGAACGUUUAGCUUCACAGGAGUAGGGGGGGUUCUCCGAGGACAAACUCGACUUUGACAGUCACUGGAUCCUACGUUUAGAGGCGGAAUUUGGUGCCAAGGUCAGGAGUGGCCAUGCCAUUUGGCUGUUUAACAAUCGGGGAGAAGAAGGAUUAUAACAAUCCUUCGGAUGUGACAGAUAAAUAUGACCUGGGUCAGAUUGUCAAAUCGGAGGAGUUCUGUGAGAUAUUCAGGGCCAAGGACAAAACUACGAUGAAAAUGUAUACAUGUAAAAAGUUCCUGAAAAAGGAUGGAAGAAAAGUUCGCAAGGCUGCGAAAAAUGAGAUCCUUAUCUUAAAGAUGGUGAAGCAUCCCAAUAUUCUCCAACUGGUGGACGUCUUUGAGACCAAAAAAGAGUACUUCCUCUUCCUUGAACUUGCAACAGGCAGAGAGGUAUUUGACUGGAUCCUGGACCAAGGCUACUACUCAGAGCGGGACACCAGCAACGUGGUGCGCCAGGUGUUGGAGGCUGUCGCGUACCUCCACUCCCUGCAUAUCGUUCACAGAAACCUCAAGUUGGAGAACUUGGUUUACUACAACCGCCUGAAGCACUCUAAAAUAGUCAUCAGCGACUUCCAUCUUGCCAAGCUGGAGAACGGACUAAUCAAAGACCCCUGUGGGACGCCAGAGUACCUGGCUCCAGAGGUGGUUGGCAGACAGCGAUAUGGCCGGCCUGUGGACUGCUGGGCAACAGGGGUCAUCAUGUACAUACUGCUGUCAGGCAACCCUCCUUUCUAUGAUGAAACUGACGACGAUGAUUAUGAAAACCAUGACAAGAACCUUUUCCGAAAGAUCCUGGCAGGCGAUUAUGAGUUUGACUCUCCAUACUGGGAUGAAAUCUCCGAUUCAGCCAAGAGUCUGGUUGCUCGUCUGAUGGAGGUGGAUCAAGACCAGAGACUGACAGCCCAGGAGGCUAUAAACCAUGAAUGGAUCUCUGGCGGUGCAGCUUCAGAUAAGAACAUCAAGGAAAAUGUGUGUGCACAAAUAGAAAAGAACUUUGCCAGAGCUAAAUGGAAGAAAGCUGUGCGGGUCACCACCAUCAUGAAGAGACUGAGAGCACCUGAGCAGAAGGACUCGAGGGCAACCAGCCCCGCAGACACCACAGCUCCCCAGGCUGCCACCAACCCCUCUGCACCCUCAUCUGCCGCAACACCCGAGGAAGUGCCUGCUGCCGUCACAGAGCUCCCUGCUGGGGCGGAGAUAAGCCAACCGGCGCCGGAGGCUGGAGCUGGGGCAGCAGCCUUGGUUGCAGAGCCACAGCAGCCGAGCCCUGCCCCACAGGAGGCAGAGCCUACAUCGCGUUGUAACGGAGAAGCUUCAGCUGCUCUCCAUGCAGCCACUGAGGCCGGGGACGAGCAGGGUUAGACCCCACCACCCCUCCCCAUGUGACCUCUGCAGUCCCCACCAACUCCUGCACACUGUACAUUAGCUGCUAGCAUGGUGACACUGACUCUGCUUCUCUUUCACUUGCAGCAUUAGUAUCAUCUCAUGGAGGCUGUGUGCUACCUUUCCUGAGUGCUGCGUUGCAUUGGCUUUCUUUGUACAUGUAUUGUGUCUUUUUUCACUGACCCUCCGGCAUUUUGUGUCAGAUUAUAGAAACCAAGUCUAUCUCUGCACACUUGAGUUUUAGGGGCAAAAACAGAUUUGCUGUCAAGCUGUGGCUUACAGCUAAAGUCAUCUUUCUUAGUCUUCUCUUCGCGAUAAGAGAAUAUAGGAAGACAUAAUUGUGCUGAAAAUGGCUUUGAUUCCGUUUUAAUGAGCCGACUUGGGAAACUUCUCUCUGCCAGUCUUGCAAUUAAAAGUAUUUGUUCUUAGAAUCAGUAGAAAAGUUUUGCUUCUGAAAUUUUGACCUUGUACCGUGAUACUCAGUAAGUGCUGGUUCUCGCACAUGGAGAUGAUCACAUAUUCCUGCCACAGGGGAAAUAUGGUCCUUAUCUGUUCUUGUCUACACUAACCAGUUAUUGUACGUCAAACAAUGCUGAGAUUGGUGACUGGGAGUUAUUACGCCCAGUACUGUGUUUUGAACUUGGCAGCUUCACACAUAAGCACACACACCGACACUAUGUUCCUUUGCUAACUUCCUGCUCAGGAAAGAACCUCAUAGCUGUAAGUGUAAAGAUUCUGUAUAUAGAGACCUUUGUAGAAGUAGCCAAAACAGCAUGCAUUCUCACUUUCUGCUGUUCAUUUUACAUUUACAGCCACUUGGUGGAUAAAGACGCGUUGCCGCCAAACUUCGUAUUAUCACAGGCCACAGCACCCUUGCCUCUUGCCAUAAGCCACGCCGAGGCUAAUGUUCUUUUCAAAAGCACACAAGACAUUAUGCUGUCUAGUACCACCCUUCAUUUAGCACCCCUGCUGUCAGUGUAAGUUGUACGAAAACAAUAACAGUCUUCAUCACAUAGCGGUUCUAUGCAUCCAAAUUAAUUUGUAGCUUUUCUUUUUUAGAAACUUCAUGACAUUUUUAUUCAUCGCGUUUUAUUUAUUGAUUUACUCAUUUAUUUUUGCUGUAUAUCGGUCUACUUGUAUCUGCUCUGGUUCAAUGUCCUUUCUGUUAAGAUAUCGACUCAAAAUGCCACAUAUGUCUUAAUAUUUGGUUGUAAUUGUAAAACAAAAUGUGCAUUAACUGACCACAUGCAGCUUUCAAGGGAAGAUAUGCUUUAUUUUGACUUUGUGGUAACUAGGGUCAUCUUCAACAAUUCAGCUUUGUUGACCUGUAUUGAACUGAAAAAUGUAUAAAGCAUAUAUCUGACAUUUCUUAACUUAUUUAUUUAUUUAUAUUUUUUAUUGCCGUAUCUCUUUGCUUUCUGUUUUGUUGCUGUUUUUUAAUGUGUUUAUUCCAUAGAUUUUCCUCCUUAUGCUUGAUAAACAGUAAUAACAAUCUUUCCUUUCCUGUCACUGGUCCCCUCGAGCAUUAAUAAUGAGCUACAGACAGAGUUCUCUGUAAUCACUCUAGAGGAAAUUGAGCAAUAUUCGAACGGCUGCAGAAACUGUGAUUCCUGGUGUCCUUUCAAUAAAGUCCAUGUCCCUGUAAGUAGAAGUCUAUAGUCCUCGCCAGCUGUCAGGCCCAUCAGGGCUGCUCAACAAACACACGGCUGCUGUCAGAUAAGUGUGUGUGUGUGUGUGUGUGUGUUGGGGGAAGGGUGAAUACAUCAUAUUUGCUCUUCUGGCCUGUGAGUCCCCACACGACUGCCUGUGCUACUGAAUCUCGAGUUUUCAUCCCCUGGUCACAUAAAGCAACCCUGUGUCUUAGAAAUUACAUUUAUAUGUCACUAAACUGCUUAAUUAAUUAUGUUAAAUGGUAGUAAGUCACAACAAGUGGAUGCUGUAUUGUAAGAUUGCCUAUUUUGAUGGAGCACACUUUCAUCCACUGAAAUUUGCAGAAACGUAGCUGGCCAAUAGGGACGUGCCUACCUGAAUGUGUGCGGAGCCCACAGUAUAUAUAGGAGCCACUAUCCUACACCCUCCUCAGCGAGCAGCAUAGGAGACUACAUAGACUACAGUUACAAUGUUGUAAAUUUUGUUUUAUCUCACGCAUGCCCCACCCUCUAUGGGUACAUUUGGUUGCGACAUAACAUUGACCCACCCAGCCACACUGAUACCGACCAGCUAAAGGUUAGCCGCCUACUUCUUUGUAACCUAGGCCACCUCAGUGAGGAAGUAGAGAGCCCUAGCCAACUCAGGUGGUUAACAACCAAGGUGAUUGGAGCCAUGGCCCAGCCUUGCAGAGGUCAACAGACAGUGAGCAGUCGCUGUAACUGAAGACUUAAAAGGAAAGCAGAUACUCUUCCUAUGUAUACUGGGGGCUUGGCACAUAUUCGAGUGGGCAUGUCCUGAUUGGCUGGAUACAUUUAUGCAAAUUUCAGUGGGCAGAUGUGUGCUUGGGAUUGGAGGAGAAUAUUUCCAAUAGAGUUCAGUAGAGGACGGAGCAUUUUAGCGAAUUGCCAGAUACGUUUAUGAGCAACAUUUCCUCAUAAUGUUGAUAGAAACCAUAAUUAGUUGUAUAUAAACUUAAUUUCUAGGAGACGGGGCUGCAUAAAGACAGCAGCCACAUUGUCGAUGCGAUUAUUAGAUGAUAAAAUAAAAGUAUAAUAUGUUAUGGCUCGUGCACGGCCACUUUGUCUGACUCUUCCCAAUCUGUUGUCAGGAGUUAACUGUGAACACCUGUGAAUUUAUAUGAAAAUGUGCAUUUCCGAUAAAAAAAAAGGGGCUUUGGAGAAAACUGAUUUAUAAUCCGUAGAAUCUCAAGUUUGACUUUGUUGUCACAGAGUCUUUUAUUUGUACAUGUUUCUCCUUUUAAUUUGUGCUAAGGUAGAUUGGUAGACACACCAAUCAUUCAGAUUAUAUCACUAUAUCAUUUCUUACAUUGUUUAAGAUGAAUAUUUUAAUGAGAGGCUUAAACAUAUUAUCAGAGAUUUUUAUGUGAAUAAAUUAUUUCAUGUAGUCUGUUCUCUUUGUUUAGAUGGCAAAUAAAUACUGUUUGAAACACUGUUACACAGUUUAAAGCAAUGCUUUUUUCCAAUACAUUUCUCACUGUAUUUAGUAUUCCAUGUCUGUUCAUUUUGCCAUGCACUUACAGGUGUAUUUGUAGAUGUGAUGUUUGCCAGGACCAGUGGUCACCUGUAGGUCCUGUCUUGCAUUUGUGAGCUCUGUACCGUUCUUCUUGACUGAGUUGAUGACUUUGAUGGUAAUAAAAUUCGAAUUCAUCUGUAA